CAAAAUCACCACCACCGAGAUUUAAAGUUACGAAAUUGCCAUUACUGACAUUGUAAAUCCGACGAGGAGAAAUGGAGGAUAUAGAUUAUGUCCGGUCAGAAUAAUUGAUUGAAGCCAUAACCCAUCAUUCCUCAACAUGUCUUCUGCCCUGUCUGAUUCGUGCUGAGAUCUUUUGCCAUAGCUUUGCCUCUAACUCAAUUCAUUUUAUGUAAGAACCAUUUCCUUUUCUUUAUCAGUUAUGACUGACGAUUUGUCUUUCUUCCUCCUAAUCUCACAUGCAAUUGAUUUUUUUCUUGCUAUUUUUUUUGUUUUCCAUUUUGGGUCUUAUGUUGGAUCUUUAUUUGAUUCUUGGGUGAAUGACAUAUAAUUUUUUGUUCCCAUUUCUCAAAUCUUACUGGAUUGAAUUGUAGCUUCUUGGAUUUCUUUUCUUUUAUAUGUACUUAUUCUUGUUUGUUUGAUUUUCUUUUGGGGUUUAAUCUGAUAGAGAAAACUGGACUUGGUGGCAGAAAACGGUUUGAUAAGCUUGUUUAUUUGCAAUUUUCUGGAUUUCGGUUUUUUGUUUUGGUUUUUGCCUUUUUGGUUGUCCUGCAUCCGAAUUUGGGAGCGAUUUGAAGACCUGUCAGGGAAAAAAAAAAAGAGACAUUUUUGGUCUGAGGGUCGAAGCUCGGGCACCCAUCUUCAGGUGAUAAGAUUUUGUUUGGUCUCUUUGAGUAUAGGAAGUAGGAUUUUGGAGACCCAUACGUUUGCUGGCAGCUUUCUUCUGUGGAACUUCUGUUUCAUCGGUUUACUAUUUGUGAGUGAAAAAAGGUGUUGAGACGAAAUUAUAGUUUGGGGCUGUCGGAAUUGUGGAGAAAUAAAAAAGCUGUUUGAAUUUCAUAGGGUUCAAGGAAAUUCUUCUAAAGCUCGGUACUUUCUGCGUCUAUGGACAAGGAUAAGAAUCUCAACCAUGCUGGUGGGUUGCCCCCUUCAGGGAGGUACUCAGUGUUUUCACCCCCAGGAAAUGGUAUCAAUGUGAAACCUGAGCCAUCAGGAUCAACAAGUCUUCCUCCACUAGGGCCGGGGGUUAGUUCAGAAUCAACUCAUUUUAGUCAGGGGAUGUCAUCUGAAUCCAGUCGAUUUAGCCAUGAUAUUAGCAGAAUGCCAGAUAACCCACCCAAGAAUUUGGGCCACCGACGUGCUCACUCUGAGAUUCUUACUCUCCCAGACGACAUUAGCUUCGAUAGUGAUCUUGGUGUUGUGGGUGCAUUAGAUGGCCCAUCAUUCUCUGAUGAUACUGAAGAAGACCUGUUCUCUAUGUAUCUUGACAUGGACAAGUUCAAUUCUUCUUCUGCUACUUCAGCUUUCCAAGUGGGUGAAUCGUCUUCUUCUGGUGCCCUGGAUUCAUCAUCAAUCCCAGCAUCAUCUUCAGUGGUACCAUCCAGUGAUAUAGUUUCGGGUAUGAGUGACAAACCAAGAGUUAGACACCAUCAUAGCCAGUCUAUGGAUGGUUCGACUACAAUUAAGCCUGAGAUGCUUGCAUCGGGUGCAGAAGAGGCAUCUCAGGCAGACUCCAAGAAAGCUAUGUCUGCUGCUAAACUUGCUGAGCUCGCUCUGAUUGAUCCAAAGCGUGCAAAGAGGAUAUGGGCUAAUAGGCAGUCAGCAGCAAGAUCAAAAGAAAGGAAGAUGAGGUAUAUUGCUGAACUUGAAAGGAAAGUCCAGACACUGCAAACAGAGGCAACUUCGUUGUCUGCUCAGCUUACACUAUUGCAGAGAGAUACAAGUGGUCUAACUGCUGAAAACAGUGAACUUAAACUGCGCCUGCAGACAAUGGAACAACAGGUGCACCUACAAGAUGGUAAUGGACUUACCUUUAUUUCAUUCACUUGUUUAGUAUUUUUGUAGUGGAUAAUCUUGGGAAGUUAUAAUGCUCAUCGUUUCUGUGUGUGUGUGUGUGUGGGGGGUUGGCAGACUGUUUGAUCUUGGUGCUGGCCUGCCACUGUUCCUCUGUAUUUUAUUUUAGAAUUCAACCAAAUGCCAUUGCCCAUUAAUCACCUGAAAAUCAUCUUGCCUGCCAAACUCUGGGGAUGCGACUGAACACAUAUUUCCUGCUCCCACCCAAAAUUGAGCCAUACUUUCUGUGCCUCUGGUUUUUUCUUUGUGUACAUAAUAUGGCCUGCUCUUCUUGGGAGCACAAAAUUGGGUUUUUGUUGGAAACAAAGGGACAAGUUUUACAGCCACCUUGAUCCAGGGAAGGGUGCUUUAAAAUGUUUUUACCCUCUGAUUUAUCUGACAAUGAACUACAUGGUAACAGAGUAGUUACAUUCCCCAAAUGUACAUCUACAAUCAUUGUUUGCCUUUGCAUGCAUUGAUGAUUAUACUCGAAAAGGUAAUUGUUGCUACGAAUUGAUCUAUGUGGGGUCUGUUACACGCAAGGCAUCAUAGUUUCUUUGGUCUAAACUGGAAGCGUUUUGUUGUUACUUGUUGAAAGUUCAUAAGUUGUCUUCUAGGUGCUCUGCAUAAUCUUUGCAUGUUUGGCCCUAAACUUUGGCUUUGAACUGAAUGAGUUCUUCUACUUUACGAGGUGACAGUUUUAGGCCCUAGUCAUUAUAAAGGUGAUGAAAAUAGACAAUUUAACCUGGAAUAAGGUGUCGAAAUGGGUCCUUUAGUACUUUUAGUUCUAAAAGAAUUGAAUUUAUUACAAUUAGAAUGCACUUCAUAAGACCAAGUUCCUUAUAUCUCUUUCCACUACUAUUUUUAACCCUCACCUCAUCAGAAGACCACUACUAUUACCUUUUGUUGCCAGCCAGUGCUCUGAAAGCUGCAUUCAAAUGAGUUGGUUGGAAUUCUGAUGGCUGACUAGUUCAGCAGCCAUUGUGGCAAUCUGGGAGGUGAUAGGGGAAGAAGGGGGGAGUUAGUUUUUCUCCAUGUCAAGAAGCACCUAAUUGUGGUCAACACUAAUAUUUAGAAUUCAACAUCAAAUAGAGGGACCACGUUAUCAAUGUGCCUAAAGCACCACUUUUGUUGCAUUUACAAAGAUUGGGAACAGAAAGUGUAGCUUUGUUCUGUCACUAGACAGCAAAAAGAUGCAUUUCUCUCCAUAAUUUUUCGCCAAAUGGUUAGAUAUGUUAGAAACUGUGUACUGUAUUGUUGGAAAUGCAAUUGUGAAAAGUUCACGUUCUGGAAACUAUCAGAUCACCUUCGUAGAUGUUGAUUCAUGGUAUCCUAGGCAUCUUUUAGUGUCGUUCAUUUAUUUAUUGGCCUUUCUUCUGUGUAAUCCAUACUGCUCGCCUGAUUUUUUAUCAUUUCCUGUCGUUUUGAAUAGCUUUAAACGAUGCGCUCAAGGAGGAGAUUCAGCACCUGAAGGUGUUAACUGGCCAAAUUCCAAAUGGCGGACCUAUGAUGAAUUUUCCUCCUUCCUUUGGGGCCAGCCAGCAGUAUUAUUCGGGUAAUCAUGCAAUGCACACCAUGCUAGCUGCCCAACAAUUUCAACAGCUGCAGCUUAACUCCCAGAAGCAGCAGCAGCAGCAGCACCAGUUUCAACAGCACCAACUGCACCAGUUCCAUCAGCAUCAACUACAACAUCAGCAACCGCAGUCUUUGCUCCAGCAACAUGAAAAUUCACUGCAACAAUCUGCUGAUGUAAAAUUCAGAGGUUCCGCGCAAUCAUCUACUCCAACUGAUGGUGCUUCGGAUAUGAGUACUUCUUCAUCUAAAGAUUGAUUGAAUCACUAUGAACCGUCGUUUCGUCAUGAAGAUUAUAUCACAGGUACCAGGUACCACCAGUGUGAUUGUAUACAUCAAUGUCAUGUUUACUGUUAGGUUAGCAUUUAAUUUUAGGGGAUGAUUAACUUGUGAAGGGUAAAUUUUUUUUUAAAAUAUUAGUGUCAUGUAUACAUUUAAUUCAUCUGUUUCCAUAGAUUCACCUGUAGUGCUAGGGCUGUUGUUUGUAGAUUCAACAGUUUUACUGUUCUCCCUUCAUCUUUGAACUUUUAUCAGUUAGCCAUUUGAUUUAUUCACUUUAUAGGAUUCUUGGUUACAAAUUAGCUAAUAGCUGCUAUUUCCCUGCUUGAUCAAUAUCAUCUGAU